AUGUCUGAGAACUGUCAUGUGGUACAAGAGUGCUUUGAAAUGAACUGGUCACUAAAGAAGUAUGAAGAGAUAGUUGAAAGACUCUCGACGCCAACAUUUAGUUGUAGUUCAACAGAGAAACUACCUCCACUGCCACCUAUAGCGAAGCCCGAAGUCCCAUCGCCACUGUAUGCUAUGGUCACACGGAAUGCUACACAUCCACCUUUAAUGAAUUCCUUUACCCUGACUAAAGCUUCCCCAUUCAAGGAACAGAAAUACUGGCGUUCACCUAGUCAAUCUAUUGGGAACAAUUUUUCUCCAAAUGCUGCUAACUUAUCAAUGCAAAGCCUAGCAAAAUGUGAUGGAUUAUUUAAAAUCCGUCCCAGAAAAAUAAAAGAAAAGGACGAAUCUAAGAGCAGGAAACGUUUUAGAGUUAUGUCCCCAGAGGAGCAAAUCGAUCAAAUGAAAACCUUGGAGAAAGAAAGAAAUACUAACCGUCAGAAGCCAUCAGAAAGAGAUAUAGAAAGAUAUACUUACUAUAUAAAUAAAGGUAUACCAGAUUUUAUGCUUGCUCCAUUACCAAAUGAACUAUGGGAAAGUUUACAAAAAUACCUACCACUGAGUUUAACAUUGACAUGGGCAACUCAAAUAGUUGAUUUACAACAAGAAAUACAUGAUGAUUAUGUAUAUGCUGUAAAAAAUCUAUCGGCGGUUUACAAUCAUAGACCAGUCGACUACAUUCUACUAGAUCCAGAGGAAAGAAAAAGAUUGUUUAUUGAAUCGUUGCCUAUUCCAUACCCAAACUUCGUUAUUCGAGCUCCUGUUCCAUGGCAUACAACACGUAAAAAAGCAUAUGAAUUCUGUGAACAAUAUUUAUUUACAAUUGGCCCAAUACCAUUAGCACUACAAAAAAUUUGGUGCACAGAAUUUUCUCAUCUACGUUUUGUAAAUUAUGAUGAAUUAGUAAAUCUUCCAGAACCUUUGGAACCAAUAGAAUUCGAAAAACGUAUCAUUCAACAAUGUCAAAGAACAAGAGAAAUAUUACGUAAAAAUUGGAUACCAACAUGUGCAAAGACUAUUACUGAGUUAAGUAAUACAUGGUCUCAUUUAAUGCCAGUUAGUUCAUCUGAUUCAAUGGAGUUAGUUCGAUUAUUUUUCGCAUGUAUAUCAGCCUUAAUGUCUCGACAGUUACGUGAUAUUGUAAAUAUAUCUUUACAAGAUUUACUAAAGGUAUUACAAAUUCAUGAAGAACAAUAUGACGAACUGAAAUAUUCGCAUAGAUCACCAAUUUUAUUAAAAUUACAUAUAUCUGAUCCAAAAAUUAUAUUUAUACCUAGUUUUCGUGAAAUUCGAGACUGUCUAUUACAUUGUUUCCAAGCAAUAACAAAUGCUGCGGAAAAUUUGCCUAGAGUUGAAGUGGAUAUUUUCCCGGAACUAAGCUCACAUUCAUUAUACUUACGUUCAGUAACAUUUAGUGAUCAAUCAAUAAUUGAAUAUACAGAUCAAGCAAUGAUUAUUUUUCGUGCUAAUUCAAUAGGACCAAAAGAUUAUUUGGAACUAUAUCGUCCAUAUAGUAAUUUAUUUAAUAAUAAAGCAGAAUUAGAAUUGAAAAAUUUUCUAAAAGAACGUCAUUCAUUAUUAGCUAUUAAAAAGAAAGUUGAAAGUUUACAAGAUUUGAAUACUGAACUCUUAUUGUUACGACAAACCGUCCCGAUGAGUUUAUUUUGUUUAAAUUGUCAAGAUGUAAAUGAUGAAUUAGUUAAACGUGUGUGGAAACUGCAUGAUCUAAUAGCUUCAUAUGAAAUGGAUGAAAAUCGUGAUGCAAACAAAAGAAUUUCUUGUCAGUAUGAUGAAAUAACGAACAGACUAGGUGAAACCCCGAUGAAUACAGAAGAUUUAGUGAAACUACAAACAUAUUUACGUGAAGUAGGCAAUACAUUGGUAUUUAAAUUGAAAGAAGAAGUAGCUGAAGCUGCAGAACGACUAAAUUUUCUAUUGGAUUAUGCUCUUUUAUCAUAUGAUGAUAUCAAAUUAAAUGCUACAUUAUUUAAUUGGCCUGAACAAAUUAUGACUAUAAUUGAUAAUACAAAUAUACGUUUAACAACAUUACGUGAAAAUGCUGAAGAUGAUUUAAAACAAAGAAUAAAAGACUUAGAAAAACGUAUAACUAAUGCAUGGGAUCGUAUUAAUUUAAUGCGUCGUCGUGAAGUAAUUUCACUUGAUGAAAUGCUAAAAUCUCAAUCAAUUCUUGAUGAUUUUCAAGCUGAUCUAGAAAGAUUUACAUUGGAUGCUGAACAAAUCAAUAAAGAAGAAAGUCUUGUUGGUUGGGAGCAAACAUCAUUCCCGCAAAUUGUAGAACUUAAACAACAAAUGGAACCAUUUGAUAAUUUAUGGCGUACUGCACUUGCAUUUGAUGUAUAUAAUAAAGAAUGGUUUGAAUCACCCUAUCAUACAUUGAAUCCAAAUGAGAUUGAACAACAAAUUACUGAUAUGUAUAGAAUAAUGCAUAAACUUACCAAAACUUUAACUGAACUACCAGGACCAUCUAAGGUGGCACAAAAAGUUAAGGAUAAACUAACUAAAUUUCAACAGUUUUUACCAAUUAUUCACAUUGUCUGUAAUCCAGGCAUACAAUCACGUCAUUGGGAUCAAAUGAGUGAAAUUGUAGGCUUUGAUAUUAAACCAAUGGAAGAUACUAAAUUAGUGACAUUUUUAGAAUAUGGUUUAAAACCAUAUUUGGAGCAAUUAGAAGAAGUUGGUGCUGGAGCUGCUAAAGAACAUCAGCUUGAAAUGGCUAUAGCUAAAAUGAAAGGUGAAUGGAGUUUAAUGAAGUUUGAAUUGAUAUCUUACAGGGAUACAGGAAUAUCUAUAUUAUCAGCAGUUGAUGAUAUACAAGUUAUAUUAGAUGAUCAUAUCAUUAAAGCACAAACAAUGCGUAGUUCACCAUAUAUUAAGCCAUUUGAAGAAGAAAUGAUUGCAUGGGAAUCAAAGCUGAUUUCAAUGAAUGAUAUAUUAGAUGUAUGGUUGAAACCCAUAUUUUCAUCUGAAGAUAUUUUAGCACAAAUGCCUGAAGAAGGCCGUAAAUUUGGUAUUGUCGAUGUAAUAUGGCGUGAAUUAAUGUCUGAGACAGCAUUAAAUCCAAAUUGUUUAGUAGCUACUGAUCAAAGAGACAUGUUAAAACGGUUAAAUGAUGCAUAUUUAUUACUCGAAGAAAUACAAAAAGGAUUAAAUGAUUAUUUAGAAAAGAAGCGAUUAUAUUUCCCACGAUUCUUCUUCUUAUCCAAUGACGAAUUAUUAGAAAUUUUAUCCGAAACAAAAGAUCCCCAAAGGGUUCAACCACAUUUGAAAAAGUGUUUCGAAGGUAUCAGUCGAUUAAUAUUUACAGAACAACAAGAAAUUAUUGGAAUGACAUCAGCGGAAUCUGAAUCAGUACCGUUUGUUACAAAAAUUCAUCCAGCUAAAGCUAAGGGUAUGGUUGAAAAAUGGUUAUUACAAGUUGAAGAUGUUAUGUUUAGCAGUUUAAGAAAAGUGAUUGCCGAUAGUGUUCAUGAAUAUCCUGAUAUUUUAAGAAAAAAAUGGGUAUUAGAUUGGCCAGGUCAAGUUGUUAUUUGUGUAUCAAGCAUUUAUUGGACAAAAGAAGUACAAGAAUCUAUUAAAAAUAAUCAAUUAACUGAAUAUCAUAAUAAAUGUAAUCAACAAAUAGAUGAUAUUGUACAAUUAGUAAGAGGAAAAUUAACUAGUGGUGAACGAAUAACAUUAGGUGCACUUACAGUAAUUGAUGUACAUGCACGGGAUGUGGUAACGUCUAUGGUUAAGAAUAAAGUGAGUUCAGUUCAAGAUUUUGAAUGGUUAAGUCAACUGAGAUAUUAUUUCUUACCAGAAGAAUCGAAUAAAGUAACUGUAUGCCAAAUAACAACUGAAUUAGAUUAUGGUUAUGAAUAUUUAGGCAAUACUCCAAGAUUAGUGAUUACACCAUUGACGGAUAGAUGUUAUCGAACACUUAUGGGUGCAUUAAAAUUAAAUUUGGGUGGUGCACCAGAAGGACCAGCAGGAACUGGAAAAACUGAAACAUGCAAAGACUUAGCUAAAGCUAUUGCAAAACAAUGCGUUGUAUUCAACUGUUCCGAUGGUCUUGAUUAUCGUGCAAUGAGUAAAUUUUUCAAAGGACUAGCACAAGCUGGUGCAUGGGCAUGUUUUGAUGAAUUCAAUCGUAUUGAAUUAGAAGUAUUAUCAGUAGUUGCUCAACAAAUUCAUUGUAUACAAACAGCUAUCAGUGCUGGAUUGAAACGUUUUGUAUUUGAAGGUACAGAAUUAAGCUUAAAUCCAACGUGUACAAUGUUUAUUACAAUGAAUCCAGGUUAUGCUGGGCGUCAAGAACUACCAGAUAAUUUGAAAGUAGAAGUAAUUGUGAAUAUUUCAAAGUCCUCAGACUUCAUAGCUAAUAUCACGAACUCACUUAAAUUAUCUAGUAAAAUUGUAGCUACAUAUCGUUUAUGCUCAGAACAAUUAUCAUCACAACAUCAUUAUGAUUAUGGUAUGCGUGCUGUUAAAUCAGUAUUAACAGCAGCUGGUAAUUUACGUCAAAAAUAUAUUAAUGAAGAUGAAUCAGUAUUAUUAUUAAAAGCAAUUAAUGAUGUAAAUUUACCAAAAUUUUUAUCAUAUGAUAUACCAUUAUUUGAAGGUAUUAUAUCAGAUUUAUUCCCUGGGAUACAAUUACCUAAAUAUGAUUAUAAUCAAUUUAUUGAUUGUUUACAUGAACAAUUAAAUAAUUAUCAAUUACAAUAUAUACCAUGGUACUUAAAUAAAAUUUUACAAAUUUAUGAAAUGAUACUUGUUAGACAUGGUUUAAUGAUUGUUGGUGAUACAUUAAGUGGUAAAACUAAAUCAUAUCAAAUAUUAGCUAAUACAAUUAAUAAAUUAAUUGAAACUAAUCAAAUUAAUAAUGAAUAUUUAGUACAAUAUAGUAUUAUUAAUCCAAAAUCAAUAACUAUAGGACAAUUAUAUGGACAAUUUGAUAUUGUAUCACAUGAAUGGUCCGAUGGUAUAUUAUCUAUUAUAUUUCGUGAAUAUGCUACAAUACAAGAUAAUAAACGUAAAUGGAUAUUAUUUGAUGGACCAGUUGAUGCUGUAUGGAUUGAAAAUAUGAAUACUGUAUUAGAUGAUAAUAAAAAAUUAUGUUUAAUGUCAGGUGAAAUUAUACAAAUGUCAUCAUUAAUGAAUUUAAUAUUUGAACCAGCUGAUUUAGAACAAGCUAGUCCAGCAACUGUAUCAAGAUGUGGUAUGAUUUAUAUGGAACCAGAACAAUUAGGUUGGAGACCAAUGGUUAAAUCAUAUAUAGAUUAUCAAUUACCAAAUAAUUUAAUAAAUGAAUUAAAAGAAUUAAUUAAUGAUCUUUUUGAAUGGCUUGUUGAUCCAUGUUUAGAAUUUAUACAAACUAAUUGUAGACAAUUAUUUUCUAUAUCUAAUUUACAUGCUGUUAAACAAUUAAUUACAUUAUUUGAUUGUUUAUUAGAUGAAAUAAGACAUUGGUGUACAUUAGAUCAAAAUACAGAAACAUCGGAAAUUGGUUCACCACAAGCGAAUAUGUCUGUUCAAACUGUUUAUUUACAAAUUCAAGCAUUAUUUCUUUUCUCAAUUGUGUGGAGUUUAGGAUCAUGUUUACCAACUGAAUCAAGAGGGAAAUUUGAUUUAUUUUUUCGUGAUCUAAUUUCUGGUACAAAUCAACAACAUCCUAAACCAAAAACAAUUAAAUUAACUAAAGCUAAUUCAUUUCCAGAACGUCAAACUGUUUAUGAUUUUUGGUUUGAUAAAAAAUCCCAAGGAUCAUGGACUGAUUGGAUUAAUUUUAAUUGGAAUCCAAUGAAAGCUGGACAAUGUUAUAAUCCUAAUGAAUCAUUAUCUAUAACAAAUUCUGAAAGUGGUAUACUGAAUUCAUCAAGUUCAAUUGGAAUUGAUAAUGAUUCACAAAGUGAUAUGAUUGUUAGUACAAUUGAAACUGAACGAAUGUAUUACUUUCUUAAUCUGUAUACAACACAUCGUAUUCCAUUACUUCUAGUUGGACCAACAGGAACUGGUAAAUCUGUUAUUGCUAAUAAUUAUCUUAUUCAAUUACCUAAAGAAAACUACUUACCAAAUAUUUUAAAUUUUUCUGCACGUACAACUGCUAAUCAAACACAAGAUAUUAUUAUGUCACGUUUAGAUAGACGACGUAAAUGUGUAUAUGGUCCACCUAUAGGUAAACAAUGUAUUGUAUUUAUUGAUGAUUUAAAUAUGCCAAUGAAAGAGAAAUAUGGCGCCCAACCACCUAUUGAAUUAUUACGUAUGUGGAUUGAUCAUAAUCAUUGGUAUGAUAGAAAAGAUAAUACAAAACAAUAUUUAGUUGAUGUACAAUUUAUGGCUGCUAUGGGACCACCUGGAGGUGGACGAAACAAUAUUACACCACGUUUAACUAGACAUACAAAUGUAUUAGGUGUCAAUGAAUUUGAUGAUCAAACAAUGUUAAAAAUAUUUACUACUAUUACCGAUGCACACUUUUCAAAUGGUUUUGAACCACAAUUUAUGCGAUUAAGUAAAAUAUUAGUUCAAGCAACAUUACAUGUUUACAAAUUGUCUAUAUCAACAUUUUUACCAACACCAGCUAAAUCCCAUUAUAUAUUUAAUUUACGUGAUUUUGCAAGAGUUAUUAAAGGCAUACGUUUAAUACCAUCAAGUAAUAUGAAAGAAGAAGAUAAAUUAAUGCGUUUAUGGAUACAUGAGGUAUAUCGUGUAUUCUAUGAUCGAUUAACAAUGACAGAAGAUGAAAAUCAUUUCUUUGAUAUUAUUCGUCAAACAUGUUCUGAUAUAUUUCGUACUAAUAUUGAUAAAAUAUUAAGUCAUUUAAGUUUAAGUGGACGUGUUACUGAUAAUGAUAUUAGAAAUUUAUUAUUUGGUAAUUAUAUACAAGAUGAUAGUUGCUAUGAUGAAGUAACUGAUUAUAAAUUACUUAUAAAACGUAUGGAAAAUUAUUUAAAUGAUUAUAAUACAAUUUCUAAAACACCAAUGAAUCUUGUUAUGUUUAAAUAUGCUAUUGAACAUAUUAGUCGUGUAGCGCGUGUUUUAUUACAAGAUAAUGGUCAUGCAUUAUUAGUUGGUGUCGGAGGUAGUGGUCGUCAAAGUGCUACACGUUUAGCUAGUCAUAUUGCUGAUCAUGAAUUACUUGUCAUUGAAAUAACACGUACAUACGGUGUAAAUGAAUGGCGUGAUGAUAUUAAACGUUUAUUACUUAAAACUGGUUUAGAAGCUAAAUCCACUGUAUUCUUAAUUACCGAUAAUCAAUUAAAGCAUGAAUCAUUUAUGGAAGAUAUAUCAAUGUUAUUAAAUUCAGGUGAUGUACCAAAUUUAUUCCCACCAGAUGAAAAAGCUGAAUUAAUAGAUAAAGUACAAAAUAUUGUACGUUUAGAAGCAAAAAAAGCCGGUGUUAAAAUUGAACCGGAUCCAUUAGCAAUGUAUACAUAUUUUACACAAAGAGUUAAAAAGCAUUUACACAUUGUAUUAGUAAUGAGUCCGAUUGGAGAUGCUUUUCGAUCACGGCUACGUAUGUUCCCAUCUUUGAUUAAUUGUUGUACAAUUGACUGGUUUCAUGUUUGGCCUGAAGAUGCAUUAGAAAUGGUUGCAAAUAAAUAUUUUGAAGGUAUUGAAUUCGCAGAAAAUAUACGUGAAUCAUCUGUUACUUUAUGUAAAUACUUUCAUGAAAGUGUAAGAAAAUUAGCUGAAAAAUUUUUAGAGGUAUUACGUCGACAUAGUUAUGUAACACCAACAUCAUAUUUAGAAAUGAUACUUACAUUUAAAAAAUUAUUACAUCAGAAACGGACUGAAUUAACUACAAUGCGUAAUCGAUAUUUAACUGGUUUAGAAAAAUUAGAAUUUGCUGCAAAUGAAGUUGGUAAAAUGCAAAUUGAAUUACGUAAUUUACAACCAUUACUUAUUGAGACAAGUACAGAAACUGAUAAAUUAUUACAUAAAAUUGCACAAGAAUCUGUUGAAGUUGAAGCACAACGUGAAAUUGUUGCAUCCGAUGAAAUGAUUGCUAAUCAAUCUGCAUCUAUAUCGAAAGCAAUUAAAGAUGAAUGUGAAUCGGAUUUAGCUGAAGCUAUGCCAAUAUUAAACGAUGCAUUAUCAUCUUUAGAUACAUUAAAACAAAGUGAUAUUACAUUAGUUAAAUCAAUGAAAAAUCCACCAAAUGUUGUAAAAUUAGUUAUGGAAGCUGUUUGUAUAAUGUUAAAUGAAAAAGCUGAUCGUAAACCAGAUGGUACAGGUCGAAUGAUUGAAGAUUAUUGGGGUCCAUCAUUAAAAUUAUUAAGUGAUUUGAAAUUUUUAGAUCGUUUAAAAAAUUAUCCAAUUGAUAAUAUUUCUAUAAAUAUUAUGAAAAAAAUUCGUGAUAAUUAUAUACCAAAUACAGAUUUUGAUCCAAAAAUUGUACGAAAUGCAAGUACAGCAUGUGAAGGUUUAUGUAAAUGGAUUAUUGCAUUAGAUAAAUAUGACAAAGUGGCUAAAAUUGUUGCACCGAAAAAAGAAAAAUUAGCUAUUGCUGAAUCUGAAUUAAAAGUCCAACUGGCUAAAUUAGCUGAAAAGAAAGCUGCGUUAGAUGAAAUUCAAGCGAAAUUUCAAGGUUUACAAGAUCAAUUAGAAGAAAUGCAAAAGAAGAAACAAGAUUUAGAAGAUAAUAUUGAUUUUGGAUUAGGUGGGGAGAAAACACGAUGGACUGAAGCUGCUGCAUUAUUAAAAGAACGAUAUGAAAAUAUAAUUGGAGAUGUUCUAUUAAGUGCUGGUGUUGUUGCCUAUCUUGGGCCAUAUACUGUUGAUUUUCGUUCUCGAAUACAAAAUGAAUGGCAUGAAUUAUGUCAAAAAUUAGAAAUUCCUUGUUCUGAAGUGUUUCGUAUCUCUGAUACAUUAGGUGAUCCUGUAAAAAUUCGUUCAUGGAAUAUUGCUGGACUACCAGUGGAUAGCUUUUCUACUGAUAACGGUAUAAUUGUUACAAAUUCUAAUAGAUGGGCAUUAUGCAUAGAUCCACAAGGUCAAGCUAAUAAAUGGAUUAAAAAUAUGGAAAAAGAUAAUAAAUUACAAAUUACUAAAUUAACUGAUACACAUUAUUUACGUACAUUAGAAAAUGCUAUACAAUUUGGUAUGCCUGUAUUAAUGGAAAAUAUUGGCGAAGAAUUAGAUCCAAUAUUAGAACCAAUAUUACAACGUUUAUUAUUUAAAACACAAGGAAGUUGGUGUAUACGCCUUGGUGAUAAUAUUAUUGAAUAUAAUUCAAAUUUUCGUUUUUAUAUCACUACACGAUUACGUAAUCCAAAUUAUUUACCUGAAAUUGCUGUCAAAGUAUGUUUAAUUAAUUUUAUGAUUACACCAAUUGGUUUACAAGAUCAAUUAUUAGGUAUUGUUACAGCGAAAGAGAAACCAAAAUUAGAAAUGAUUAAAAAUCAAUUAAUUAUUGAUACAGCUAAUAAUAAACGUCAAUUAAAAGAAUUAGAAGAUCAAAUAUUAGAAGUAUUAAAUACAUCACAAGGGAAUAUAUUAGAAAAUGAAAAUGCUAUUCAUAUAUUAAGUUCAUCAAAACAAUUAAGUAAAGAAAUAAUCGAAAAACAAUCUAUAUCAGAUAAUACACAAUUAGAAAUUGAUUCAACACGUAAUGUAUAUCGUCCAGUAUCUGAACAUGGUUCAUUAUUAUUUUUUUGUAUAUCAGAUCUAUCAAAUAUUGAUCCGAUGUAUCAAUAUUCAUUAACAUGGUUUAUUAAUUUAUUUAUAUCAUCUAUUUCUAAUAGUGAAAAAUCACCUAUUUUGGAAGAACGAAUUGAAUUAUUGAAUAAUCACUUUACACUUAGUGUUUAUCGAAAUAUAUGUCGAUCAUUAUUUGAAAAUCAUAAAUUAUUAUUUUCUUUAAUCAUGUGUUAUUCACUUAUGAAAAAUAAAGGGAAAGUAAAUGAAACAGUUUGGCGUUUUCUACUAACCGGUGGUGUUGCACUUGAUAAUCCUUAUCCAAAUCCAUAUCCUGAUUGGUUAUCAGAUAAAUGUUGGUCAGAAAUUGUACGUACUACAGAAUUACCAGGAUUAGAAGGAUUUAUGGAUAGUGUACAAUCUGCUCCAAAUGAAUGGAAAGCUAUGUAUGAUGAUUUAAAACCUCAUAGAUUUCCUAUUCCUGGAGAAUUUUCAAAAUUGGAUGGUCUUGAAAAAUUGGUUGUACUACGAUGUAUACGUCCAGAUAAAGUGAUUCCUGGAGUUCAAGAUUUUAUUGUACAAAAUCUUGGUCAACAAUUUAUUGAACCACCAACAUUUGAUUUACCCAGUUCAUUCGCUGAUUCCAAUUGUUGUUCACCAUUAAUAUUUAUAUUAUCACCAGGAGCUGAUCCAAUGAAUGCUUUAAUUAAAUUCGGUAUUGAUAUAGGAUAUACCAGGGAUCGUAUACAAACAAUAUCACUUGGUCAAGCUGUUAGUUGGAUGAAAUCAUUAGAGAAAAUUUGUGAAGAAACAAUUAUACCAAAUAAUGUAAACGAUAAAUUUCGUCUAUGGUUAACUAGUUAUCCAUCACCUGAUUUCCCUGUUACAAUAUUAGAAAAUGGUGUUAAAAUGACAAAUGAACCACCAAAAGGUUUACGAUCAAAUUUAUUACGUUCUUAUUUAAAUGAUCCUAUAUCAGAUCCAAUAUUCUAUGAUGGUUGUACAAAAAAUCCUAUAUGGCAUAAGAUGUUAUUUGGAUUAUGCUUUUUCCAUGCACUGGUUCAAGAACGACGUAACUUUGGUCCACUUGGUUGGAAUUGUACGACAAAUGAAGAUGUUUUAGAUCAGUAUGAUGAAAUUCCAUUUGAAGCAUUGACUUAUCUUACUGGUGAAUGUAAUUAUGGUGGACGUGUAACUGAUGAUAAAGAUAGACGAUUACUUAUUUCAUUAUUGGGUAUAUUUUAUAAUAAAAGAAUUAUUGAAGAAGAAAAUUACAAAUUUUCACCAUCUGGUAUAUAUUAUUGUCCUGAUGAUGGUACAGCCCAACAUUUUAUUGAUUAUAUACGUUCAUUGCCAUUAAAUCCAAUGCCAGAAGUUUAUGGUCUUCAUGAUAAUGCCGAUAUCACUAAAGAUAAUCAAGAAACUUUCCAAUUAUUUUCUGGAAUUUUAUUAACAUUACCAAGACAAAAAGAUACAGCUGGUAAAUCACCAGAAUCAAUUGUACAAGAAUUAGCUGCAGAUAUUUUAUCGAAACUUCCACCAGAUUUUGAUUUGAAAGAAGUAAUUAAUCAUUAUCCUGUCAAGUAUGAAGAAUCGAUGAAUACCGUACUUAGACAAGAAUUGAUACGAUUUAAUCGCUUAACUAGCGUUGUACGUACAACAUUAAUAGACUUACAAAAAGCUAUCAAAGGAUUAGUUGUUAUGUCAGCUGACUUAGAAGAUGUAUUUAAUUCAAUAUUAAUUGGAAAACUACCAAGUGUUUGGGCAGCGAAGUCAUAUCCAUCACUUAAACCUUUAGGAAGUUAUAUACAAGAUUUACUAUAUAGAUUGAAAUUUUUUGCUGAUUGGUUAACUUAUGAUACACCACCGGUAUACUGGAUAUCAGGUUUUUAUUUUACUCAAUCAUUUUUAACUGGUAUAUUACAAAAUUAUGCAAGAAAAUAUACAAUACCAAUAGAUACAGUUGGUUUUACAUUUGAUGUCACAUCAAAUUAUUUAAAUACAAUUAAUAUAUUAGACAAUAUAUCAACUAUACCAAAAUAUCCUAAACAAUCAUUCAAUGAAAAUAGACGUACAUCAUUAAUUAUGAAUAAUGAUGUUAAAUUACAAAGAUCAAAUGAACAAUUUAGUGAUUUUAUUAAACCAAAUGAUGGUGCUUAUAUAACAGGAUUAUAUUUAGAAGGUGCACGUUGGGAUUUAAUGAAUAAUUGUUUAAAUGAAUCAAAAUCAAAAAUAUUAUUUGAUAUAAUGCCAGUUAUCUGGCUUAUUCCAAAAAAGUUAAGUGAAAUCAAUCGUGAAUCAACUUAUACUUGCCCAGUCUACAAAACAUCUGCUCGACGUGGUGUUCUAUCAACUACAGGACAUUCAACAAAUUUUGUAUUAUAUAUUGAUUUGAAAACAAAUCAACCACAAGAGCAUUGGAUUAAUCGUGGUGUAGCUGCUUUAUGUCAAUUAGAUGAUUAGAAAGUGACAUCCGAAAGAAUAUAUGUUUAAAUGAAUAACAAAUAGUGAUAUGCUGAAUGUAGAGAACGUAGACAGUGAUAUCUAUAAAUAUUAGAAGUAAUAGGAGG